GAUGUAACGGAAGUUCUGACAAAGGGAUGCUGGAAACUUAAGUUUGGUUUUGUUGGUAUUUUGACGAGUUUGCAAAGCACUGAAGUGUUUGAUUUACACUUGCUAUGCUGUACCAACGAAAUAGCCUGACAUCCGUCAUGUAGAUCACAUAACAGACUCGGACCAAUUCCUGAAGAAUCUCUCAGGAUGGAUUCUGUAAUCAAAUUGUGUUCGGAGCUCUCAAGUGCAGGAGAAGAGUAUGUUCUGCUGACCGCUGGAAAUGAAGGCAACCAGAAGCAGUUUGGGUCUGUCAAGGGGAGACAAUUCCUACAGGUCAAUCAGGACUUGGCUCAGCGUUUCUUCAGUUACUGUUACAAUGCUGCCAGUACGUCUAUGUAUAUGGGAGGCCAGAGCUACGGUCAUGCUAUGGAGGUGGUAUCCAUGUCUGCCAACAGAAACUCGGCCCUCCCUUUAGGUCACUCCCACCAUCCUGUCAGUGACAGUACAGCCAACAGAAACUCGACCCUCCCUUUAGGUCACUCCCACCAUCCUGUCAGUGACAGCACAGCCAACAGAAACUCGGCCCUCCCUUUAGGUCACUCCCACCAUCCUGUCAGUGACAGCACAGCCAACAGAAACUCGGCCCUCCCUUUAGGUCACUCCCACCAUCCUGUCAGUGACAGCACAGCCAACAGAAACUCGGCCCUCCCUUUAGGUCACUCCCACCAUCCUGUCAGUGACAGCACAGCCAACAGAAACUCGGCCCUCCCUUUAGGUCACUCCCACCAUCCUGUCAGUGACAGCACAGCCAACAGAAACUCGGCCCUCCCUUUAGGUCACUCCCACCAUCCUGUCAGUGACAGCACAGCCAACAGAAACUCGGCCCUCCCUUUAGGUCACUCCCACCAUCCUGUCAGUGACAGCACAGCCAACAGAAACUCGGCCCUCCCUUUAGGUCACUCCCACCAUCCUGUCAGUGAUAGUGCGGCCAGUACCAUCGCAGGAGCUCUUCAAUCUUUGGCGGCAGAAUUCCAAAUGGGGCGACCUCAAAAUUCUGCUAUGAUGCCGAUGGGGUCUAGUGGAAUAGGUGUAGGUGAGGGACAUCAGGACUUUGAGAUGACAUCUCAGGAUCGGGAUGUGAUGUCAACCUAUAUGGGUAAUGUCUCCUACGGUAGCCAUCAUUCAAAUAUGAAUAUUGGAAAUAUGAGCAAUAUGAAUCAUUCAGAUAUUUGUGUUCAAAAUACAAACACCCAUGCUAAUGAUUAUUUGAUCAGAACUAAUAUCGGAAAUGAAAAUUUCACUGCCCAACCAAUGAACAGGGAAAGUUUGAUCCCAAAUUUGAAUGAAAAUAAUUCCAAAUCUCAGGAGGAUUUCACUGGAAACCAAAAGGAAAAUACAAAAUUUGUUGAAAAUGGAAGCGAAAAUGCAAACUUUGUUGAAAACCAAAACAAAUGCACAAGUUUUUCUGAAAAUCAAACUUCUAAUCCAGAUUUUGAUUCUAAAUCAGAAACCAAAAUAACAUUUGAAGAUGAUCAUAAAAAGCAGAUUACUGAUGAGACAGGCUUGUCGAAUAAUCAGGAAAAAACAGCUUCAGCAAGUGGUGAAAAGAGUCUGGCCUAUGUCUCAGAAAAACACAAGGUUGUGACAGCAAGCCUUCCUAAAGAAAAACAUUUUGAUGACUCGGAUGACAGUAACUUCAGUAUUGGCUUCGAGACAGACUUCAACCUCCGUGAUCAUCAAGACGAUUUAAAAUUGGUCAUCAGCAAUGUUGUUUCCACUUUAGACCGUGAAAAUAAUGCGGACAUUAAAAAUGAAGUUCAAGAUGGAAAACCACAGGUCAAUAAAAAUGCCAACUACAGGAGGAAAAAGUCGAGAAAACAGAGAAAAGAUGUGACGGAGACACGACAAUCAAGGACAAGAAAAGAGAAACAGUUUAUCGCAGAAGAAAGUGAUGAUAUGGAAUCUGAUAUUGACAAAAUCAACAGUGAAGAUGACGAUUAUGCUUUAUCUGACGGUAUCGAUAGUGAGGCUACGAUCGUGUCUGAUGGGGAAAACAAUGAAACUUCCUGUUUGCGUGGCGCUGCGAAACGUAAAGCAGCCUUUCAGUGUCAUCGUUGUGGUGUUUGCCAUAAAACAUUCGCAAAUUCUUCAAAUUUACGUCGCCAUGAAAAGUCUCACGGUGUACAGGGGGACCAGCGUCGGUGUGUGAAGUGCAAUGAGUUUGUUCUUAUUAACGAUAUGAAGCGCCAUUUGAGAGCAAAACAUGCCAACGAUAACAAGAAACAGAAAUUACACUGUAAAGAUUGUGGAAAGGUCUGCAUGUCGAAAUCACUCCUACGUCAACACGUCUCCAAGGCACACGGCGAGGUGAAGUUCAAGUGUGACAAGUGCCACAAAGUAUUCAUGUCGGAGGACGCAUUCAAAAGUCACAUGGUAAAACACUUACAGAAACACGUGUGUGGAGUCUGUCAGCAGACCUUUGCCACACAGGCUGGUCUAGCUCAGCAUUCCUCCGACACACAUCACGUCGACAUACAGUGUGAAGUUCAGAAGUGCAGUUUGUGUGGCCGGAGACGGGGACAACAACACAAGUGUCCCGGGAAGAAAAUUAAAGUGCAAAGGGAGUUCAUCUGUCUGGUCUGUAACAAACACUUCUCACGGAUACAGAACCUGAAUCUCCAUCGGAGAAUACACAAUGAUAACAGAACCAAGCUGAAGUGUGAGCUGUGCGACAAGUUAUUUUCUGAUCGGUGUAGUUUGAAAAAACAUGUUCGGUAUGUUCACAGUGCCGAGAGAAACUUUGUGUGCGACGUUUGUGGGAAAUCCUUCAAACAGAACGAUACCUUGAAGAACCAUGUCAGGAUUCACGCUGAGGAGAAAACCGAUGAAUUUAAAUGUGGGCUUUGUUCUAAGUUACUCUCCAGUAAGUCGGCAUUGAAUGUGCACUACCGCUCGCACACCGGAGCGAAACCUUACAUGUGUGAAAUAUGUGGCAUGUCCUUCCGUCAGGUGGCCAACAUGCGAAAGCACAUGUUGAUACACACCACCGCCAAGGCUAACCAGUGUGAACUCUGUGGCAAGGAGUACAAGUACCGCGACUCGUGGAAGGCCCACAUGAGGAGUCACGUCAUCAAAGAGGGUCUGCGACGAGAGGUCAUCAAAACCAAGUACGGGAAGGUUUAUAACUGUGAAUACUGCCAGAAACAGUUCUCCACAGCGUCACAGUACAAAGUUCACAUCCGCACACACACGGACGAACGACCGUUCAAGUGUGACAUGUGUGAGAAAGCAUUCAAGGAGAAAGGGAAGCUGAGUCGCCAUGUGAAUCGCGUCCAUUCUCAGAUGUUGUCGAUGCAUCCUCAUCAGAAGGUAUCAAUGGACAGUCGUAUAGUAAUACCGGUACCCAAUGACCACAUCAUGUACUACACUGGGGCCGUGGCUGGGGUGUAGUAAUACUGGUUCUAUACAGGAACUCGAGCAAAUCAAACAUUUUUGUUUUAUGUGGGACAAAACUGAUUUCAGAAAAAAACAUUUUGGUGCUUGGUAGAUAAUUUCAUUGUAAAUAUUGAACAUGGGAAGGAUGAAAAGGGCUGUCUUGUGAUGCUGUGACUGAAGCUCUUUGUAUGAUAUUUGAUGUGCUUGUGAAUUUGAAUCUCUUGUGCAAUAUACAUGGUAAAAGUACUUAUAUUUAAAUGAAAAUUCAGGCAACACUUAAACUUAUUAAUCUGGUUUUACGCAUUAAGUAAGAAAACCUGUAAGUCUUUGCCGUUUGUGAAAUGGGCGUGUAGAACAUGAAUUGCAAACAAAAAACAAUUCUUAAAUAUUGACAAUGAAGUCAACAAGUUUCGAUGUGGAAUUAUACUGACAUAGUUUAUUUGUAUUGUUUUCCAAUCCAUGUAUUAAGAAAAUAUUAAUGAUUAAAACAUGUCAAUUAGAUCUGAUUAAACAUUGAGUCAAGAUGAAAUAUGUAAUAUUUUCAACAUGUCGACCACCUAUAUAUAGUUAUUAUGUAUGGUAAGCUGUACAUGUGUCCUCGUCGGGACAACUUCAGCCUCAUUACAAAACAAGUGAAGUUACAGUGAUGUUUUUUCCUAGUUUUAAAGUGAAUACAAGCUGCUUCGUCUAGCUUAAAAGUGCUUUAUUUCCCCAAAACAAAGAAAAAAAUUCAGGAAUGUCUUCCAAAUUUCAAUAAAAAUAAUGCUAUAUUUUCUCAAUUUAUGUAGGAUAUAGGAAAAGGCUGAAUUUAGGUUAAAAAAUUACUGAGAUGAACAGUUCAUUGGUUGAUACUGGGUAGUGACUGGUAUUUGUUGUAUUACAUACCUGUAUAAUGUCUUUUAACCAAUAUUCCAAAAUCUGUGGCUUUUGACUAGCGAUAUCGGACGAUAGUCACAAUACUCGUGGUCAAGUAAGUGGCGGCGGCCUUGCUGACCUAGUUAUGCAAUUUUCAGAAUGAGUGGGUGUGUCUGCAUGUAAUUAGAAAUAAUAGAUCUUUGUAUAAAUAGAACAAUAAGACACUUGUCGUUUGAUAUCAAGCAGAAGAGCCCUAUAGAGGGUGAAAGCUGCUAGUUUGUCACUAUAUAUCUAUUUUACUAUACAAAGAAAUAACCAAUACAAACAUCGUAAACCUUUCACCACUAGACCAUAUUAAUGGACUUAUCCAGAACAAUGCAUGGCAGAGUUCAUUAAAGUUACACAGGGGUGAAAGGAUUAAGAUAAAUUUGGUUCUGAAGAUGAGGAAACUCUGCAUUAACGGAUAGUUUACCACUUCUUUCAAAGUGAGACACAAGUUUUUUUCAAUUUGUCUUCAAAAUGUUUUUGUUUGUUAUGCAAAAUAUCAUAAAUAAAUAUUAUUUUUGAAAAUUUGCCUGAUCAGAAAGACAUGCAGUGUUUGUAUCUAUCACAAUUUGCAAGUUAUUGUGGCAAAACCAGUUUUCCGUCCAUAUGAUUCUGGCUUGUUACGGUUGCUAGGAGACACUACAAUGUCCUGUUGAUUAUAUAUGAUGUCAUAAUGUUGUAACUUAACAUUUAAACUUAUCGCCUGAAGAUGGCCACAAGGCUUGAUGUUAGUGAUGAUCGACUAGAUUUUCCUUGUUGAUGAUUUUUUAGUCAGCUUACAGCGGAGGGUCAAAAGUCUUUCUCGUUAUGUCAUUUUUCCAUUAGAUUCAGUGUUAAUUUUCUGUUGGAAAAUCAGUUUUCCCAGCUUUGUUUUUAGUAAGAAAUUGAUGAGCUAGAGAAAUAUCAAGCCCUUCUUUUGGCAAGAGUUACAUAAUUACACGUUUUAUGAAAUUCCAUGAUGAGUUAAUUGACCAAAACAAUUUUUUAUGGCACAAUUUAACAAUUUGUCUAUGGGAAUGACGUCGAAGUGUAGCUCUACCUCUUGUGCUGGGAUGAAAAGUGAUAUCUCAACAACAGAGGAAGGGAUACUUAUAUAAAUGUAUAUACUAUUACCAGGAGAAACAAUGGAUAAUUCUCUUACUGGAGAUCAAGUUUUAUAAAAAUUGGAUGUUAAACAAACUCACGAACCUAUAUCGAAAAAUGGUAAAAUUAACAAAGAAUCCAAUGGGAAACUGACACAUCAUGAAAGACCUUUGACCUCUGUCUGUAUAUUUGUGAGUCUUUGUUUUUAUGUACAAUGUAAUGCAUCUGUUUGUAUAUAUAUACACAUGUGUAUGUAAUUGUUUAUCAAGAGAUCUAGAACUAUGUCGCCCAUUGCUUUGAUUUUUAUUAAUUGAUACCCUUUAACUCAUUCACCCCUGAAACUUCAUAAUGAACUGUUCCAACCUUUGAAUUAGAAGAGUUCAAAUGUGUCUUCAGGGGUGAAUGGGUUAAGUAUUGCUUGUUCUUGUCAUUCUUGAGAGAACAAGUAAGUACAGCUGUCUUGGAUAGUUAAAUUGAUUUCACAGGACUGGGUCCAAAAUUGAAAAAAUUGAAGUGUGGUUAAUGAGCCUCUAAUGAAAGGUGUAGUUUUAACUGAUGUACUUAUAGAGUGUGAUAGAGCACAGGUUUCAUUUCCUUGAAUUUAUGCUAAGUUCAUCUUAAUUAUACUCCCGCAACAAAGUUAGGGGGAGUAUACUGGAAUCACCCUGUCUGUCUGUCUGUCGUCCACAGUAACUUGUC